AUGGAUCCCCCGGCGGGUGUGGAGGAGCAGGCGCGCGCCUUGCAGCCCACCCUCCGCCUGCUGGUGGGCUUGCUCAUCCCCUGCCUUCUUCUCCUCUUCCUCCUGAACCUCCUGCUCUUGCUGGGCUGGAGACCCACCUGCCGAAGGGUGGGGAGGCGGGAGCUCGGCCAGGCCCCCCCGGCUUCCCCCCGGCUCUUCCAGGUGGUCUCGGGCAGCGCUGUGCUGAGGCAGGAUGGCAACGGCAGGGUCGUCCUGCAGCAGCUCCUGCAGCCAGCCGAGGGUCCCGGGGCCCCCCGUGCCUUCCCGCUCCCCUUGUCCUGCAGCGGUGGGGCGGCUGCAUCCUCGGGGUCUCGGUCUAGGGGGACGCCCAGGCCCCAUCGCAGCAGCCAAGCUCCGCUGAGGGGCCACCCGGGGAAUGGGGCGUCCCGGGGCACCGUUUCCUCCUCCAGUGACCAGGACAAGCAGCCCAUCUUGGUGCCCCCCAACACGCCCGAGAGUGGCUCAGGGACUGGGGUAAGUAAGCGGUUGAGCUAAUGGGGGGGGGGCGAGUGGCAAACAUUGCUUGGGGGCUGCUGUUCUUCCUCUCUCCCCGAGGAAGGUGUUUUAUGCUGAGUCUUGACCAUUUUAUCUUUUGUAAACUGCUUGGAGAGUUUUUUCUUUUUUUAUUAAGUUUUACAAGUAUUGUUUUACAAGUAUUUUUGGACGCGUGUGGCGCUGUGGGUCCUAGGACUUGCCGAUCAGAAGUUUGGCGGUUUGAAUCCCUGCCAUGGGGUGAGCUCCCGUGGCUCGGUCCCUGCUCCUGCCAACCUAGCAGUUCGAAAGCACAUCAAAGUGCAAGUAGAUAAACAGGUACCGCUCCGGCGGGAAGGUAAACGGUGUUUCCGUGCGCUGCUCUGGUUCGCCAGAAGCGGCUCAGUCCUGCUGGCCACAUGACCCGGAAGCUGUACGCCGGUUCCCUCGGCCAAUAAAGCACGAUGAGCACCACAACCCCAGAGUCGGCCACGACUGGACCUAAUGGUCAGGGGUUCCUUUACCUUUACCUUUUACAAGUAUUAUUUACAUUCAAAUACAAUCAAUUUUUAUGCAUACAUAGGAUCCCCUGAAUCCUUGGACUUCCUCCACCCCUCUGUGGGUUCCAUUGUAAAUCUUUAUCUGCUUUAUCUUAUAAUGUUACCCAAAUUUUCUUCAAAUUUCCGAUUUUAACCAUAGAAUUGUUACAAGUUUUAUGACAAUCCUGCUAACGUUUUUAAAUAUUCACAAUGUUCUUGAAGAUAACCUAUAAUUCCCCCCCCCCCUUCUUUGUUAAAUUUCUUAUCUUCUUGGUUUCUGAUCCUCCCGGUCAAUUUUGCCAUUUUGAUUAUCCAUUCUUCUCUGGUUAGGAGUUUAUCUUCCUUCCAUCUCUGGGCAAAAAGCAUCAUCACAGCUGUCGUCGCAUCCAUGAAUAGUCUUUUCUGCUCCUUUGGUAUCUCUUCACCUAUAAUUCCUAAUAAAAAAGCUUCUGGGUUUUUCACAAAAGUUAUCUUAAACAUUUUUUUCAACUCAUUUUAUAUCAUUUCCCAGAAUUCUCUUGUUAUCUUGCACAUCCACCACAUAUGGUAGAAAGUGCCUUCUUUCUCUUUGCAUUUCCAACAUGUAUUUGUAGCAGUUCUAUACAUUUUUGCUAACCUAGUAGGGGUUAAAUACCAUGAAGAGUUUAUUUCUUUUACAAUUGAGGGCUGUGUAGAUUUUAGGAAAUGAAUAUAAACUGGGUCCAUCUACAGCAUUAUUCCAGCAGCGCUCUCUCUCUCUCUCUCUCUCUCUCUCUCUCUCUCUCUCUCUCUCUCUCUCUUUUCCCUGCCUGGACAUGCUGUCGAGAUGCCCUGCAUGAGAAUUGUAUGCUCUUCCAGGGAGCGAUGCUCUUUCCCUUUAAAACAAAGCAAGAUUCUAGCCGGGCAGCAGGGCUUUGCAUCAGCACCUCCUUUCAGCAGAAGCUGGGGCAAAGCUCCACCAACCACAUUGCCAGGAAUGGGAGGAGAUCUCCCCAUCAGCCUAGCUUUUGGCAGAACGCCACCCCUCUCACCAACUUGGCAGGAGGUGGGGCAUUCUGCAGAACUUUGCCACCUGUCCCUAUCUGCCCCUAGAAGUUGGAGAGCCCAGUGGUGGAGCUGAGUGGCAGAACAGGUGGACUGCUGCUUGAGGAGAGCCGUCUGAGGAGGCUGCCUCACCCAACAUGUGAGUUGCCCCAAGCUCAGACCACAUGGCUCUCACCAGCCUCUCUUGAGUUCCUUUACCAAUAAUUUAGGACUUUCAACUCUGUAACGAAACCAAGUUUUACUGCCUGGAAACCCCCAACCCCCCUCCCCAUGGAAUGCUACAUGGAAAAGCACAUGAAUCUGAGAGUUUGUAAGUAAACCAUUUUUUAACUUCUCAGAUGUGCAGUCUUUUUCUACGCUAGAGGAAGAGGGGAACUUUGGAAGGAACUUAGGGAAUAUUUCAAAGGUCUAAUAUAGGCUAUUUCCAUGCUUUUCUUUGCUGCAUAAUUUGUGGUUUUAAAUCUCUGUUGGGGGUUCUCCCACCACAGAGUACUUGCCCCAAACCUGGAUCUUGGCAUCCAGUAAUUCUCCUCUUAUACCUGUUUUGUUCCCCUUGCCACUAACAGUUUCCCAUUUCUAGAAGCUCACAGAGCUCUCCUCCAGCACUGGACUUGCCCUCUUGGAGUCUAGUGGCCUUGCUUGUGUAGGCUUUAUGGCAUAAUGGUAACUAUAGGGCAAGGCACAAAAUGGACCCUCUGUCUUCUCCAGAGAAGAUGGAGUCAGGCCUGGGUUUAUCUAGCACAGUACUGUCUACACGGAUGGCAGCUGCUCUCCAGGGCUUCAGACGAGGGUCUUUCUGCAUGCAAGGCAGAUUCCCGAUCACUGAGCUGAACUCUUCAUUUGGAAUCACUCUGUUUGGCUUUCAGGGUAUCCCAGAUAGCACAUUCAGCCGCUGCCACACCAGCACCCAGAACAAGGCUUGCCGCAGUAGCAGGUCAGCGUCUGCCACCCACCCACAAGCGGUGCCUUUUGAGCACGGCAGCAGCAUCCGAUGUGAGGACCAGAGGGCGCAGCUCAACUCUGCAAACUUCACAGCCUCUCAAGGACCAGGCCUGGACUCGGACUUUGGCGCCAGUGCCGGUGAGUGAGUGCCGACACCUCAGGCCUGGGAGGGGGGGCUGCUUUUUACAGACUGCCCAGUGGGGGUUAGAUUCUGUUGUGUUCAGCCCUGGGCACCUUGGGUGAAAGAAGGUGGCUGGUGGUGAGCAGGAAAGGAAUUUGAGGGGAGGAUAAAACUCUCGUCCCAGGAGAGCCAGCUGCAGGAAAUAGGGUGAAUAUUGCCCAGGGAAGGGCAAAGUUGUUCCCCCUCCAACAAAGACAGGGCAAGAAAUAAGUACAUAAGAUGAGUUGCUGGAUCAGGCCAGAGAAACCCCAUGAGCUGAACCCAAACACAAGAGCCCUCUCCUCGCCUGUGGUCCCAGCAGCUGAUAUUCAGAGGCAUCCUCUAGUCUGAGUUCAAUGGACUGAGCUUGGGGUGACCCUGCUGCCGUGGGAAUGUUGUGGAUAGUAGGAGAGGAUAUAUUGAUUAAAUAUUAUCCUUCCUCACUCAUGCUAGUGAGCUAGUAGCAGAGCACAUUCCCUUGUACAUAGCAGGAAGCUAGCUGGUAGAUUCGUUUGAAUCGCUGGAGUUAAGCAAUUCAGUCUGACUUGUCCAGAUUGGAUUGUUCCUGGUAAAUUCCCCUUUAUUCCCUCUUAAAACAACGACUUCUUGAAAAGCAAUGAUAAGAAGUUUACUUACAUUCAGUUCACAGUAUGAUCCUGAAGGCAGGCUUUAGCUUUUAGCUGCAGAAGAGAGUGUGAGUUUAUCCCAUAUGGGGAUUGAGCCCAUGUGCUGCUGGCUGAGAGCCAGCAGACAGCAAAAGAACAUCAAGAGAACAGUAUCAAGAGAAGAAAUGGCAUCAAGAGCAACAAGAGAAAGAUGGCUGCGUGCCUGGCCCUUUUAUGGGGUCUCCCAGGGUCACGCUCAUCUAACUGGUCACACGCAGGGGGAGGAUGCGCCAGACAGGUGUGACAGGAAGUCCUCCUGGCUGGAGUAACAUCCCCAUGUGUCCACUCUGGGCAAACAGGAAAUGCUGUACUUGACUGCUACUGUGGUAUUACAGGUGCUGGGCAGGAUGUUAAGCCUUGCCAUCACUUCCUUGAGCAGCUGACUGAUGCCCAGUUUCCAAUAGCUUCUUUUCCAGCUUUGGCGUUCCCAGUUGAUUCAGCUCCCACGUCCCUCCCUCCCAUGUCCUGUUCAAUCCUCUUAUUCUUCCUGGUCAUCUUCCUCCCAGGCACCAUUUUUUAUUUCGAGAUCAGUAGGCACAGAUCCUUGCUGGUGUGUAAUGGCAGGAUAAAAUGCUUCAAGCCAGGCCCGUGGCCCUCUGCUGGGGCUGCCUUCCAGCAUAUUGGAAGACUUGGUUCCUGUCGAAUAAUGUUGGGCUCAUGAAGCACACAGAUCAUCUCUUGCUGCUCUCCUUUCCAUCAAGUGGAUGCAUCCUGGGCACUUUCAGGAAACUUGCCCUGCUGCUCUUAAAGGAGAAUUGGGGCUAGGGACCAGCACUCAACCCAUUAAAUAUUUCUGGGUGGGGAGAGAGUUCAGGAUAGGGAGAUAGGGGCCCCACCCCCUCCAUUGUUUCCACCUCCAACAUUCAAUGGCUCAAAAGCACUCAACCAUAACAUGGAAUGAUUCACGGAAUAUGGCCAGCUUCCAGUUCCUGGAGUGUCUAAGUUUAGGCCCCUUUUCUUCCUCUCCCAGAAUCAAAGCGAGAAUUGCCCACAUAAAGCAAUUGGAAAAUCCAGGAAUUUGAGCAAAGCUGUGAUUUGGCAGCAUGAUGUCAUUUUCUCUCUUCAGAAUUCUCCCCCCUCCCAAGCAGCAAAGACAGGCACUCGUCUCUUUGGCAUUCAGUGUGAAACUGGAAGCGGGAUCUGUUAGGUUCUUUUAGAGGACAAUCCAUCCCAGGCGACAUUGUCCCCCCUCAUUGCUAAGUCCUCAUUGGCAUGGCGGGGGGGGGAGAGAGCACCCUGAAAGUUUCUCUGUUUUUUUUUGUCCUGCAAACCUUGGGAGUCCCCCCCCCCCCCACAAAAGCCUGCGGAUGCUUUUCUCCUGUGUAGGAAUUGGCCUGUUUUGGCUACAUAAGGACCCACGACAAUUGGGGAACAAAGCAGCCAUAAUGGUAGCUAAAUUAGCAGGGUUGCUGGCAUGUUUGGCUAGUAUCCGAGUGGCUUCUUCUCCCCUCCCACCUGUCUUUUGCAGGUGUCUCUGUGAGGAUCUUGUCAGAUUGCGAAGCAAGUCCAGGAACACCCCUGUUGGGUCGGCUGUUUGAGUGGGACUAUUAUGACCCCACCUACAAGAAAGAAGACCAGCUCAGUCGGCAGCUGCCUCCCAUUCACAGCAAGCAAUACUGGCUCUAG